AUGGCUCGAAAGAAUGGCUCCAACAUGCCGCAAGCUGAUUCAGCUGUUCCUUUGAAGCAAAAGUCUCGACGAGGACGGACUUUGCGGGCAGCGAGAUCGAGAAGGACUGGAAAUGGGUUGAAGACGAUCAUAACAAUACCCAUCGGACAAGGGCCAAUUAUGAGAUUGUCUGAUGGAAGUUUGCAGGCAGCUAUUGAGAAAGCAAGACCAGAAAUCACCGCUAAAAGUGAUAUUGAGGUUAUAGAACUUGUCAAAGAUCUGGAUAUGGUAAAGGAACAGCUUAGCGAGGCCGCCGUUGAGAGUUUGGGUGAAAAGGAUCAAAGCAGCAAGCAAAAAGUCGAGUGUGUCAUUAGAGUCGAGGAGAAAAUUGCUACUGAGAUUGCGGGUACAUUUACAGAGGUUGGAACCCAGACCGAACCUGAUUCUUUUGAUUUGGCGAUGAAUAUGUUCAAGCAAAUGAUGGAACGGAGCGAAGUGAACCAGGAGAGAAGGCACCGUGAAAAUGAAGAGAACCAAGAAAGAAGAUAUCAAGAAUUAUGCGCCAUUAUUACGAGACAGAGAGAUGUGGAUUGUAAAGGCUGUGGAUCUAACAGUACAGAGAUUGACGCCAGUGAACGCUUGAGUAGAUCACCCGAUAAGAGCAAAAAGAAGAAGGUUUCAUAUACCGACGCUAAUGACCACUCCGUCGCCCGCACUCCUCACGUUCUUGCCGGAAUAUAUGUCAAGACACCGGAGUCCACUGAUAGUUCUUUCAGCACAUCUACCGAUAGUAUUGAUUUGUUGAUCUCUUCACUUGAAAAAACAAGUCUCAGGGAUUUGCAAGACAAAAGCAAGCCCAAAUACACCAACCCAGAUCACUCACGCUGGUUUCGAUAUCAUCAAAACUCGACCGGCCACCGCGUUGAGUUAUGUCAGCUCGUACCACAAGAUGUGCAAAGCUAUCCUAUACCAAGAGAGAAAACAACAAUAGCUCGGCUCAAUAUGAACGGUCUUCAUAGAUGUACCGCAGCUAGUGGCUGGGAUCAACCUUUUCAAAACAACGAUAUUAUAUCGAACUUGACCUGGACAUUACAAGUAGAAGAUCUUUGCAAAAUCAUCAACCAUAAACUCCCUCAUCGAGAAGAUCUGGAUAAUGGGUUUCCCGGUAGGUAUCAUGCAUGUCAUGCAGAAAAGCAAUUGAUUGCUUGGUAUCUUCACCAAAAUACAUUCGCAGGAUAUCAAGUGAACAUGAAACUACCAAAUGCGCUUCCCUAUCGAGAGAUCAAGGCUUCAGCCCCACGAGGUGCCCUUAUAGUCGUCAGUCGAAAGAUCUGCAAAGAUUGUAUGGAAUUCAUUGAGAAGGUCAAAAAGCACUUUGAACUUCCCGAUCACUUUCAAGUGGAAUCUCGUACACAUCCUGAGGAUAUAUUCGAUACGGAGAAGACCCAGAAGUUGGUUGAGUGUUGCAAUAACUGGAAAACCUAUUGA